CCGAGUGCACGUGUGUUCUCCAUAAGUGGCUCCUACAACAGCUACUUCGUUAUCCACAUCGACCACCCGCUAAGUGACGUUUAAAAAUUUGCUAUUAAUAACGUUAUUUGUAAUUGUGUGACGUCAGUGUGCAGUGCAGUUCAGUUUUAUGUGCCUUUCGGAUCUUCAUGGACCAACGCAUUGGAAUUCAUAUUGUUUUCUAUCAUCGAGUUAGCGUCAGCUUGUGUUGGGAUAUCGAUGGCGUAGACAAGCAGACGAAGAUAUCAAUCACAAAUAUUAUUGAACAAUGUAAUGGAAGAGGAAGCUAUAUCAACGAACAAAUAUAUGAUAAAGGGCUUUAACCCAGAUGGCAAAGAGCCUGGAACUAUCAAAGCAUUGCUGAAAAAUUUUAUAUUACCAGAUAACGAUAGCAUGGCCAUUACGGAAAACAAAAAUAAUAGUAAAUGUGUCUACUCUGUCCCAAUAAAUACUUUGACACCUGCGAAUCAAAGAACGAAGUCUAUCAAUGAGGCAAAGAUGGCAUUUUUAAACUCAACCGUAAAUUUUUCACCACCACGCCCUCCAUCUGUAGUUAAAAAAGAAGAACCAUCUAUUCACUACGCUCAGUUAGCAAUCACCACCGCUAGUGAUGAUCCAAGAAGCACAGGCGGAGGAAAGAAUAUCAAAUCAACAAGACUAAAUACUAAAGAAAAGAACUUUGACUCUAAACCGGUAGACAUAUCACCCAAUGUUAAGAAAAAAAUGGAACAACAACAAAGAAAAGUUAGCUUCAAAAUUAAAAACGCAUCAACAUCUUAUAGAAGACCACCAGUCGCUAUGAAGACGAUGACUAUAAAUAGUAGUAAUGUUGCUGAAUUAACCAAGAAAUUUAAUAAUUUAGUUACUGAUUCACAUACUUCGUCAAUAAAACAAUCAAAGCUUGUGAAAACAAUAGAAGAUAUACAAUCCAGCUCUCGCUGUUCACUUAGUAAUAGUUCUUCGCCGUCUUCAACGAUGAGCUCUAGUCCAAACAUCAAAAUAGUGUUGCGACAGAGAAGGGGAUCCAGGAGACGUUAUAAUAGAAAACGUUGCUCCAGCAUGGAUUCUAUUGAUAAAUUGUUAUUAUCUGAUAGCUCUUCAACCAAAAUCCGUGUCAUACGAUCCAAAUCAGACGGCACUAAAAUACCAAAAUCGCCAAAAAGACAACUCAAAUAUCAAGAUGCUAACACCGAACAAAGUGGGUCAGAUUGUGUGGAUGGUAGUCCUGUCAACACGAAAGAAGCCGAACCAAAGAAGGAUAGAAAUAUACCACAGAAUAACGUAGUGAAAAAUGUUAUUAAAAAAUUUGAAUGUGAAAUUACGGCACAAUCAAAUUCCAACACAUUAAAGAAACAAAAUGUUAAUGCAAAAAGUACAAUUCCCAUAAAAGAAAAACCCAAAGUACCUGAAAAGAAAUCAUCACUAGUUUUAACGAAAAACUUGGUAGUCAAAGACGGUGUACCGAAAAUUAAAACUAUCAAACCGAUAAUAAAUAAUAAUAUUCUAAAGCCAAUUGAGAGUAAAAAUCAAAAUGUGGAGAAAAAAAAGGAACCUAUUUAUUCAUCGUACGAAAAGAAAAAGUUUAAAACUAAUUACAUUCAUUCCGAAAAAUUACCCUUAAAAGUGGUUGAAAUUAUUCAAGAGGAUGAUAAUGAAAACACUUCAGUAGUAAUUAAUUCAAGUGAACCGCAUGAGGCAGAUCAAAGUAAACAAGCAGAGGAUAAAACAUAUCAAGAGUUAAGUUCAUGCAUUACCCCUAAUGAGUCAUUUUUAUGGAGGAGAAAAAGCAGUAUUUAUUCAGAUACUGAAAAAUCUCCAUCAGACAGUCCGUACAGUAUCUUAUGUUCAUCGAACAAUGAAGUCACUAUAAAUUGUGAGCAGGAUUCGUCAGAAAUCUCACUGCCACAGGAAUCUCAAAAACUGGAAUUAAAUGAAUCUCAAAAUGAUAAUAAGAAGAUAAAAGAUCCUAAAUGGGAUCCUUGUUCUGAUUUUGAAACAAAUCUAGUCGAAGCUGUUAAUAAAGACGUUCUUGUUGGUUAUACGUCAAAACCGCGAAAAGAAUCAGUGGUCGAAAAUGAUUACGAACUUUUGGAACCCAAUGACACUGAAAACGUCACUAUCAUUCUUAUUAAAGCCCAUGAUACAAGUGUAUCAUCAAUAAUGAACUGCCCUUUACCCGAAAUUCCUCAGAACAGCCCCUCAGUAUCACCAGAUGGUAUUACGAAGGAAGAUAAUAUUUACCAGUGUCUGUUGGAACUAAGGUCACACCCAGAAGGUGAUGAGAGUAGUUUUCAUAACUAUGAACUUUGCGAUAGCAAAUUAGAAGAGAGGACACGUGGAGAUGGCGACAGUGACGAUGGAUAUGAAUAUUGUAAGUCACUUGUCAAACCAUAUUGUGUGACCUCCAGUUCUGGUAUUCAAAUAGCUGAAAAUUAUCGUCCCGUUCCUUCAGACAAAACCAAAAACAACUACGUAAUAUCAAAAUCGGUAAGUGGAACGUCUACUGUGAGUUACGAGAAGAUUGGAUCUGAGAGAAUUUACGAAAAGAUUCCGCCUCAAACUUCGAAAUCAAAAGACUGCAGUCCAAAUAGUAAUGGUAGUAGACGCUCAUUUGUGUCGGAUUAUACUGGAUACAAUGACACUGAGAAUAUUUACGACACGAUCAAACACGGGGAUGGGGCUUCUUUGUCGCACUGCUACGAGAGUAUACCAAAUAGUCCAAGUUUGGUGAAACUGCGGAGUAAUGUGAAGAAGCAGUUGACGUCUGCUGUACAAAAACGCUUGUCUUUUGAUACUGUUUCGAAUAUAAGUCACUGCACUGUAUCAAGCGAGCAGAAAACCAACAGCAUUUACGGCCAGCGGUCUGUGUUGAGCUACAAUGGACACGAGGUCGCGUUCCAAGUCCCCAGUAGCGAGACCAGCGCCAGUGACAGGAGUGACGAUUGGGUCGACAUCUCUGAUGAGGAGAAAACUGAUGAGCAGAAGAUUAUCAUUGUCCAAGAAGUAAGUCGAGGAAGGAAGAGUCCAGUCAGCUGGUCACAGAAGGUGCGGCACCAAUGGCAGAAAUCACCAGAACGAAACAACGAACAAAAAGAGUGCGACAGCAGCGACUCCGGCCACCUGUACGAGUCGCUGGAGCCUGCGCCCGCGCCGCCGCCCGCCAUCGACGACGACUUCGACUCGUUCGACAGCGAUUCCGACGAUGAUCACGACAAGUAUGCUCCCGCCCUCCCGGCAUCAAAAUUACCUUCGCCUCCAAUCGAGCGCGGCCAGUACACGCUCACCAAGAUAGCUAGCGCCGCCCAGCGGAAGAUGAGGCAAAUCAAACGAAAUUUAACGAAGAGAUACAGCGAAGCAAUGGACGGCAAAUCGUUGAAACUACCUACACAACAAAACGGCGCGUACGAAGCGAAUAAAGCCAAACCAAAAUCUCCUAUCUACGCCAACUGCGCGAGAGCAGACCAACACGUUUACACCAAUAUCAACUUCCCAGACUCCAAGCCCGUAUUAAAUAAGACUGAGAAUCCCGUGAUCAAACCAAACGGAAUCAAAGACGAGCUGAAGAGUCUUAUAGGCGAAAAGAGGUUAAGCACUGACCCGCCUCCUUUGCCCGACAAACCGCCUCCAGAUAAACCGACAACUCCCACCACUGAAACCGGCAAGAAGGAUAGUGGCACUUUGUCCAGGAAAACGUAUUUCUCCUUCAAAUCCCGAUUCAGGAGGUCCUCCUCGUCGGUUAUGGAUAUAAACGCGGAUGUGCCCAGCGCCCUCAAGAUUACCAAUUCGACCUUCUAUUUGACCGAUUCUAUGGAUGGGGACUCUGGAUUCAGCAACUGCAGCGACGGAGCCCCGGGCAGCACCGAGACUCUCUCUCCAACAUCAGCGUCUCGCCGUCGCGACGGUAGGCGACCCUGGGCGGAAUCCUCACCCUGCCUCGCGGCCGACCGCCCCGACCGCUCCGAUCGCACUGACCGCCCCGAGCGAAUCAGCAGGCCGGGUGUGCCGCCGCCCCCUCCUCCCGGCCCGCACCCCGCCACUGACCUUAGCGCUGUCAACGAAGAACUGAAGCGCCUCCUGCCGACGCUCUCUCGAAAGGAAAAGGGACCUCGGACCCGCACCUCGUGGUACGCGGGCUGCGGGUCAGACACCCCCACCGUUGUCCACCACUCCACUGCUUCUUGGUACGCGGAGGCCGGCGUUCCCGCGGUUGGCCACGUGUCUUCGUCGUCGGGCGCGUCCUCCGGUUCCCAUCCCGCGUCGCCGCUCCCUCACUCGCUGUUUACGCACGAGCCCCUCUAUCAGUUCUACAACGCUGCCAAAGUCGAGUCCGUUUGCCGCGAGACGGGCGAUUCAGACUCCGACGCGUACGAAGCCUCGGGAUCGGGCGCGGGGUCCGUAGCGGAGGGUCCGGCGGCGCCCGCCGCACGGCCGUCCGCCAUGGCGCUGGUGGCGCCCCGCGGGCCCGCCCGCACGCUGUGGUGCGAGGUGCCCGAGGUGGUCAACUCUGCCGUGCUGAGCUCGCUAGCACCAGCCCAGAAGCGUCUCCAAGAGGCCAAGUUCGAGCUGCUGACGUCCGAAGCCUCGUAUUUGAACUCGCUGAACGUCCUGGAAGCCCACUUCGUCUCCCACCCAGCAUUCAGGGACGCCCACGUUUUGCCAAGAGACGAUUUUGAUAUCCUCUUCGCGACUAUACUGCCAGUACGAAAAUGUUCCCAACUGCUAAUGAACGAGCUGGAGAAGUGUUGGCAGGACAACAUCCUGUUGACCGGCAUCUGCGAGAUCGUGAGGAAACAUGCCGAGGAACAUUUCCACGUGUACGUGAAGUACUGCGAGAACCAAGCUCUGAUGGUGAAGGCGUUACAGCGGCUGCGGGAGAGGCCCGCCUUCGCUGCGGCGCUAAGAAGACUAGAAAGCCACCCGGCUUGCCAGUCGCUCUCCCUCCACUCGUUCCUGAUGCUGCCCAUGCAACGGGUCACCAGGCUUCCAUUGCUGCUUGACGCCGUUCUCAAGAACCUCGACUCUUCGGAUGAGGAGUAUCAGAGCUGCAUGCACGCCCUCGCCACUCUUAACAACUUCGUAUCGCAAUGCAACGAGGGCGCGCGCAACACGGAGCGCAUCGAGGAGAUGUUCCGCGUGGCGCGCUGCAUCGAGUUCCCGGGCGGCGUGCGCAACCCGCCCGUGCUGGGCCCCGCCUGCUGCCGGCGCGACCGCAGGCCCGUCCGCUGGCUAGUGCGGUCCGGAGAGAUGACGCAACUGGUCUGGAAGACAGACGAGAUGAAACUGACGUUUGGCAAGAAAUUCCACAAGAUCCCGCUCUAUUUGUUCCUGUUCAACGAUCUCCUGGUCAUCACUAAAAAGAAGAGCGAGGAGAACUUCGUGUGCGUGGACCACUGCCCCCGCUCGCUGCUGGAGGUGUGCUCGGCGGAGGGCGCGGCGGGGGCGGGGGCGGCGGGCGCGGGGGGCGGCGGGGGCGCGGGGGCGGCCAAGCACGCUCUGCUGCUCACGCUGCUCGAGAACCACGAGGGCCGCACCGUGGAGAUGCUGAUGUCGUGCGCGUCGGAGACGGACGCCGGGCGCUGGGCGGAGGCGCUGGCGCCGGCGGCGGGCGCGGACGGCGAGGCGGUGUACGCGGGCUGGGACUGCCCGCAGGUGGCCGCGCUCUACGCGUACGCGCCCGCGCAGCCCGACGAGCUGCCGCUCAGCGAGGGCGACGUCAUCAACGUCACCAGGAAGACCAGCGAAGGUUGGUACUACGGCGAGCGCACCCGGGACGGCGAGGCGGGCUGGUUCCCCGGCGCCUACACCGCCGAGAUCGCGUCCGCGCACGUGCGCGCGCGCAACCUGCGACAGCGAUAUCGCUUGCUCGCUCUCUCGGCCACUUACGUCGGACAGAAGAAACGAAUACUCUGACAUGAAAACAAACUAUCCAUUUUUAAACGAUAUGCGUUCUUAGUUUGAUUUUGAAAUUGGCUGCUUUCUGUCUGACAAAAAGUUAAGUUUGUUCUUAAUCGGACAAUAGACUGUCAAUAUUUAAACGAGACGCGUUCUUAGUUUGAAUUUAAUACUGGCUUGUUUUCGUCGGACAUAAAUUGCUCUAACUAGAUGAAUAAAGAAGACGUUCGUAUUUUUGCAUAAUGAUAUGUUGUAGCGACGUUUGUUAAAAAUCUUAUUAACGAAGAAGAUAUUCAAAUAAAAAUAAUAUAUGAAGCGCGGCUGAAGACAUUAGCCAUAGACAUUGCUUGAUGAGCGUAGUUAGUAUAUUAUAAUAUUCCAACUGAAAGCAACGAUUAGGUACGGAACUUUCAAUAUUACAUGACGACACUUCGUCAUUGAAUGAGUGAUAUGUUUUUUUUAAGAGAUGAUAUUUGCGUCCUCGAACCUAAAUCUGAAUUUUUAAAAGGUCGAACACGCGUUUAUUUACUUGUUCACAGAUUAAGAGAUGAAGACGUAACGUAAAAAAGUAUUAUUAAUGUUUGUAACUGCACAAUAGCUUGAAAACUAUGUCCGUCCAGCACUGCCUUUAUCGAUAAUUAAUCGAUAUUUUUAUCGAUAAAAAAUAUCGAUAUACUAGACUAGUAUUUUUGGAACAUUUUACUAGUGUAAUUGACUUGGUUUUCUCGUUGAUCCACUAUUUAAUCAUUUUAAGGUGCUUAACAUAGUUGAUAGUGCUCUUCAAGAGUGUUUGUGAAGUGUACAGUUACGUAUGAGAUUCACAAUUGUACAUAAUUUACGGUUUAUAUUUGUAUCGAUUUUAGUUAUUAGUAAGGUAAAACACCCAAUUAUCGACACUUUAGCGACGCUCACUAACAAUAUCUACCAUUACUUUGGUUUUUGUGACAUUCUGUGGUACUUUGAGGUAUUGAGUAAAACGUCAGGGUGUAUUUUAUAAUAUUAUAAAGUAAAAAUAAGCGUCAAGUUACAUAAUAAAGAAAUAUAUCAAAUAAAAAAAAAAGCUGUCGUUUUUCCAAUAAUCGACUGUAGAGUUCCAUUUAUCUACACCCACUGUUCGACAUAUUCCAGUUAUCGUCACCCAAUAAUCAACCUAUUUCUAAUACGCAUAGCCAAAAAUAUCUGUAAAGCCUUUUUUCUAGCUUUAAAAAUGUAAGAAUAAUAUUAGGAAAUUAUAUGAUGUAGAAAUUAAAAUUAAGUUUUAAAAAAUCAGUCAUUUAAUAAUUGUGAAAACAUAAUGAUAUGUUUAGUACAAUUUAUAAUUAUUUAACAUAAUUUCAGCUUAGCUGACAAUUUUUACUAUUAGAAGUAUUAGGUAUCAUCGCCUCAAAUGUUAAACAUUCGUAAAUAAAACAUAAAGUUCUUCUUAAUAUUAUUUGACAAUUAGUAACAACAGUUUAACUUUUCCUUAAAAACAAUGGCAACUUUUAAUCACAGACUUGCUAUAACUUACUAAGUAAGUACCUUCUUAAUAAUAAUCAGUCUAUAUUAAGAGAUCUUGCCAAUAGCAAUUAAAGCAAAACUUAUAUCUAAAUUAAAUCACAAAUUGUUAUAUUAGUACUUAUUUAAGUAGCCUUAUAAAACUAAGUUCUUGAUGGCUUGAAAUUCUUUAAAAAUCUUAAAAACAAAAUAUUCAAAAAGUCUUAUUCCUCUUUAAAUAUAAUAAAAGUUAAAUAGCAAAAGGUAGAUAUUUUUUCAUUUCGGGUAUCGUAUAGAAACCCCUUUUAUUGCACAGCACUGGUGGGGAUAUUGCCUCAAUGAUGUCAGACUUUUCAUAAAAGAUUUUAUCUUUUUUUUCCGGCCACUUGUAUGUGUUUCCCACUGAAAAGGUCAUUGUACUAAUUUCAAAUCUAUUUCCACGAAUACCUUCUAUUACGCCUGGGAAGUAUUCCCCUUCAUACCUUAUUAUGACAUAGUUUCCAAUGGAAUAUUUUCUAGAUUUCUUAGAAAAUCUGAUCAGUGGCACAUCUUCGGAUUGAGUCGAGCUCUCAGAUUUUUCAUGUUCUGUUUUUUCUGCAUCUAUUUGCAUAUCUAAGCUGUCUUCACUUUCUGCAUAAUGCACUUCAAUGUCCGUAUUAUCUGAAGAUGUGUCAUCUGGUUUAGAUUUUUUUAUCUUUUUCCCUUCCUUGGUUUUAAUUUCUUUCUCCAUCUGUCGUUUCUUUUUUUCUUCCGUCUCUCUCAGUUUUAAUAGUCUUCUUUCUUCUCUUUCUUUGGCUUUAAUUUCUUUUUGUUUCUCUUUUUCUUUUUUUUCAAUGUCUUUCCUUUCAUUAUAUUCCCUCCAUGGUUUACUUGUUAUAACAAAAGGAAUUUUUUCCUUCAGUUUUCUUUUUUUUCCUUUGUUUUCAUCUUCUCCUGGCCAAAAUAAAUUUCGCUUAAAUGGUGAUGGAAUAAUAUAUGUACUUUCUCCUUUCUUUUGAAUAAAUUUUGUUGUCCCAGGUAUUGCCAGCUCUUUCAAAGGUGUCUUUUUUAUGGAACUUUGGUUAAUUUUUGAUGUCUCAGGUCUUGUCAGCUCUUUCACGGGUGUCUUUUCUGCAGAACUUUGGCCGAUUUGAGAAUUCCCAGGUCUUGUCAAUUCUUUUGAAGGUGUUAUUUUUGUGGCAAUAUCAAACAUAAACGUAUAAGAACAGGAAGUUGAAGUUGUUGGAAUAGGAUCAUUUAAGUUAGAACUUGGGCUAGCGACAGUCAAUGAAUUAUCCAGUAUUUCUCUAGAUUUUGGAGCGUCAUUUGGGGUGCAAGUGGAUGUGGUUGCGUCAUAUCCUGCAUUAGAUAGAGUAAUAUGUGGUAAAUAGUCAUGAUCUAGUUGUAUGUCAAAUUGAUAUUGUACAUCUGUAUCUGCAUUUGUAGCAGAAAGAGAUUCUGCAGGAUUGAUUUCAUUAGGAUUUGGUAUUUCAACGAGGGUCUGGGGUGAAGUAGAUUGCUCAUUAACGUGACCUGAAAGUUCAAUAGCUUGCUUAUUACUAGCCCAUAUUAUGUAGAGCGAUAGGUCUUCUUCAUUUAAGUGAAUGUUUAAAUUUUGUCUGUCUUUAUAGUAAAGGUCAUUAAAUAUCUGCAACUUUUCCUUCUGUAGCUUCGCCACUAUUUCUUUUUCUAGAUAAUCAAAAAACAAUAUUUGUUCUGACGAAGCCUCCUUCUUGUUGCGAGACUUUAUUUUGGAGAGAUCGACGUAGUCAGGGCCAAAGGGAUACAAUCCACCAGCGCGGAAUCCAUUUUUAACAGAACUCUCUGUUAUUGAUUCCAACGCUGUCUUAAGAACAGGGGCAAAAUCUUCUCUUUUUAAAUUCAUUCCUAAAUGUUUUAAUUUCCAAUCCUUGACAGCUUUAUUCCAAUAUAUUUUCAAUGGCCUGAAAAUAGCUAGGUCCAUUGGCUGAAGGAUAUGUGUGCUAUUUGGAUAUAAUGCCACGAUUUCUAUGCCAUUUUGAGCACAAAAGUUCGAUAGGUGUAAUGUCAAGUGAGAUCUAUGGCCAUCCAAAAAAAACAAGACGGGUUUUGGUAUAUUUUGCUGUAAUAACCAUGGAUUAAAAAUGUUGGCAAUGUAUUCAAAAAAUGUACUACUACACAUCCAGCCACUCGGAGAUCGUCCCAUAGCCCAAUCUUCUGGAAAUUUGGAUGAAAUUGUGGAUGGAAUUCUUUCAUAAGAAAAAACUACCAUUGGAGGUGCUAAUUGUCCAGCGGCAUUUCCGGUAAUUAGUACCGUCAAGUUAUCUUUUUCAUCUCCAGAAGAUUGGUAGACGUGCUUAUCACCUUUUUUUGCUAAAACUUUUCCGGCUUUGGGUGAUAAAUAAAAAGCACUUUCGUCUCCGUUAAAAAUUCGCGACGGAUCUUCUAAUAUCUCUCUAAGGUUGUUUUCCUGAAGAUAAGAGCUCACUUCCCCAAACCAACGUUUUAUACCUUCUUCUGUAACGGCAUCUCGUGCUGUGGUCAAAUUUUGGGCCGUUCUCUCAGACAAUGAAGGAUGUCUCUUAAGAAAUAGAUUGUACCAUUUCUUACCGGGUCUAUUGUCGGUAAAGGGAGUAGUCUUUUUUUGGUCAACGAUGAUACGUUGCACGCUAUCAAGCAACUCAUCUCUAGUAAUAGGAAUGUGUCGUUCAGCCAUGUCCAGUAUCCAUUUUUCUAAAAUAGCUUCCUCUUCUGUUGACAAAUAUGUACUAGGGCCCAUAGAACAUUCAAUUGGAGUUUUACCGGAAAUUUUAUCAUGUAAGGUGAUCCUGGGAACACCAAACUUUUUCGCUGCCGUUGAAAUUUUUUCACCUUCACGGACGGCUGUAAUAGCCUGCGCCAUUUGUAACGGCGUAUAAGAUUUUUUGGGUGCCAUUCCUGCAAACAAAAUACUGAUGUCGAUUACUGGUAUAUAUGGAAUUUCCAAUCAUCGACACAGCUGUCGAAUAUUGGAAGCAAUAUUUCGAUUUUAAUGUUAUAACUAUUUUUAAAAAGCGCAAAAAUAACUUAGCAAAAGGAUUAAUUAAAAUGCUCAAGUAAAAAAAAAAAUAAGUUUCGACAUUCGUCGAAAAUUGGAAUUUGGCAUAAAAAAUAAUCCAAUAAUCGACAGUCCUAUUUUCACAGCAAAGGAUAACCUUACCAUUGAAAAAAUAUUACUAAAAUGUUGUCAACUUGUGUUUUAACUCAAUAAAUAAUUUGCUUUUUCGGUAGAUUAUUAUAAAUAACAUGUAUGAGCUAUAUUUCUCACUCACCUCCUUAGCGAUUUUGCUAAUAAAACCGGAUUUUAUUAGGCCACUCCGCCAGUCGAUGUAUCGCUCUACACCAUUUUAUUAAAAAUGGCCGCAUGACGUAUAUGUCAUGGGCGAUGACAUCUUAUAAUCCUUGUCUAUGAGUUAUCCUUGAAAUGCGUUCGGAAAUGCUAAAGAAACUCUUAUUUUUUAAAAAUUACUUUUUUAUUGUCGAGGAAUGGUGCUCUGUCGGGCUUUGGGUGUUUUACCUUACUUACUUGCGUUUUUAUUUAGUUUCGUUUAGGUUGGAACCGCUUUUGUUUCGUAACUAGAAAUGAUAUUUAUUUUGAUAUGUAUGUCGAAAAGGGGUGACCUCUGUCUACCACUAUGGGAAACUGGCAUGUAUGUAUGUUUACACACGCAUAUUACGUAUUUAUCGAUUACGGGAUAGUCAGACCCAAAAGUUUCACAGCUCGGAUAAUAUCUAUGUAAUUAAUAAGUUAAUGAGGGUUAUUGAUACAAGUGUGGUUUGAACCUAAAGGUGCUUCGCUGGGCCGCGCCUCGAAAUUCCCUAGUCACGACGCGGCCCCGCCGUCUCACAUUCCGAACUAACGUUAUAUUAAGCAAUGAAAUUGAAAACGAAACCGAUUGAUUGUACUUAAAUUAUUUUUUGUAGAUAUUUCCAUGUAAUUGUGUUGAGACUAAUAGUAUUUAUAGUUAUGUAAUAAUUAUUAUGAUCCAUAUCAAUUUCAAAUAUAUUAAUUGUAUUUUUUA